CAAAAGGUUUCCGGGUCGCCCUUUAGAGAGAGAGAAAGACGCCCCCGAUUCCCCUCCCUUCUCCUCCUCUCUCCGUGUCCAUGAUGACUUGCUAAAGAAGGGGAAAGAUCGCAGUGAUAAAAAAGGGAACUUUUUUCCUCAUCUUUUCCCUCAACUUCUGAGCUAUAUAUUUUGUUACUAUCCCCAGGAGCUAUCUGGACCGAUGCCAUCCCGGCUGCCGCAGGGGACGGCGGACCCGCCGGACCCCACUGCGGCUGCUAUCCCGCACCACCACCACCACCACCACCACCACCAUAAUAGCCACCAUCCCAUCCUGGUCACCGUGGUGGCGGCGGCGGCCGUUCUCACCUUCUUUGUCCUUACCACUGCCUUGCUGGUUAUGAUCUUGUACCGCCGCCUCGCCCGCGGUCGCGCCGGCUCCACCGCGCCUGCCGAUCUGAAGGCUGCUCCGCCGAACCCCCUCCGGCGGUUCUCCUACUCCCAGCUCCGUCGCGCCACCGCCUCCUUCUCCCCCUCCCAUAAGGUCGGUCAGGGCGGGUUUGGCUCUGUCUUCCGCGGCGCCCUCCCCUCUGGUCAGGAGAUUGCCGUGAAGCUCAUGGAUUUUGGAUCCCUCCAGGGGGAGCGCGAGUUCCAGAACGAGCUGGCCCUUGCCGGGAAGAUGCUCGCUAUGGGGUCGUCGCCGGACCGGGGGUGGGUGGUCGUUCCCCUUGGGUACUGCAGCUCCGACGAGAAGCGCCAUAGUCGACGGUGGUGGCGGCGGCGGUGGAUGGAGGCGGACGAGGAGGAGGAAGAGGUGGUGGAGGCCUCCGCCACGGGCGGGGGGACGGGGCGGAGGCUGCUGCUGGUGUACGAGCUGAUGCACAACGGGAGCCUUCAGGACGCUCUGCUCGACCGGCGGUGCCCGGAGCUCAUGGACUGGGACCGCCGGUUCUCGGUGGCGCUCGACAUCGCCCGCGGCCUCCACUUCCUCCACGCCGUGUGCGAUCCCCCGGUCAUCCACGGCGAUAUCAAGCCGAGCAACAUCCUCCUCGACGCCCGGCUCUCCGCCAAGAUCGCCGACUUCGGUCUCGCCCGCCUCAAGGCUCCCGUCACUCACGAGCCCCCAACCGCCCCCGCCGCCAAUUUGGGCGAGGAUGAGGUGGUCAUCGAGAUCGAUCUGGAUGAGGCCGUGGCCAAUGAUUCCAAAUCCGUUUCGAACGAUAUGAAGAAGGAGCCAGCGGUGGGAGGAGGAGAGGAUGAUGCUUCGAUCAUGGGAGAGACAGCCGAGAGCACCACGACGACUGUCGAAUUCGAGGAGGCGAUCGGAUGUGGAGGCUUCGCUCCUGAGAAAUCCCCAGGGGAAGAUGAGGUCUUCACCACGGCAUCGCCGGUGGAAACGGCGGCGGCCUUGAAUGUGGCAUCGACUUCAGAGACAGGAGGGGGAUUCGACAUGAUGAGUGUGGACAGUGGGAAGGAGACUGCAGCCUCCGGCAGCCAGAGAGGAGGCCGGAACAAGAGCGGGGCGGGCAAGGACUGGCGGCGGCGAAAGGAUACUGGCGGCGGAGCAAAUUCCGAGUCAGGCGGCGGCAUCAAAGACUACGUGGUGGAAUGGAUUCAAUCGGAAAUCAAGAAUGAGCGGCCUAACAGUGAUUGGAUUGCAGCUCCGACUGCUCCUGCAGAGGAUUGCUUGCCGAAGCCAUUGGGAGGGGGGAGGUCGGAGCGGAAGAAGCGGCGGCGGCGGCGAAUGGAGUGGUGGGCCUUGUUGGAUGAGGAGAAGUCGAACAAGGAGGAGAAGAGCCGGAGGGCGAGGGAGUGGUGGCGGGAGGAGUUCUGCGAGGAGCUCAUGAACAAGCAAAAGUCGAAGAGAAAGACCGAGAAAGGAGAGCAGCAAUUGUGGCAGAAAGAUGAGGACUUGGCGUCGCCUUCGGAGAGGAGGAGGAGGAGGAGGAGGAAGAGCCGGGGCAGCCGGAGCGGUAUGGACUGGGGGGCGGAAGGCAUCAGUGGGGAGAUGAGGACCGCGAGGAGGAGGAGAAGCCAGGAGUGGGCGAGCGGGGACAUCCCGAACGGCACGGUGAGCAGCACCCCGAGCAUGAGGGGCACCGUCUGUUACGCCGCCCCCGAGUACGGCGGCGGCGGAGCGCUCUCGGAAAAGUGCGACAUCUAUAGCUUUGGUGUCCUCCUGCUGGUUCUCGUGUCAGGGCGGCGCCCGCUGCAGGUGACGGCGUCGCCCAUGUCCGAGUUCGAGAGGGCCAACCUCAUCUCGUGGGCGCGGCACCUCGCGCACUUAGGAAGGCUUCUCGAUCUCGUCGACCCAUCCCUUCGAGCGACGGACGGGGAGCAGGCUCUUCUUUGCAUCACGGUCGCCCUCCUCUGCCUUCAGCGGUCUCCGGCUCGCCGGCCGUCAAUCAAAGUGAUAAUUGGAAUGCUAACCGGCCAGUCCAAGCCUCCGCACCUCCCAUUGGAGUUCUCGCCGUCGUCACCUGGUGGCUUUCCAUUCAAAUCCAGGAGGAAGGCUCGGUGAGUUGAUCAAUUUUUAUGGGCAUUAGUUCUUGUGUUUGUUGUACACCAUUCUAAAUUUUCCAUCUCUUUGGAGCUUGGAUGCAUGCAUAAAAAUUCUCAUGACAAGAUAAGUCUUCAAUUCCAAUUUUGAGUGCGAGGGAACCUUUUGUCCUGGUAGAUUGAAAAGGAUCUCGCCUUUGCAUACUGUGCCUACCUUUAUCCUUCAUUUCACCCAAGCUCUUCUGUUUCAAACUUUUGCUGUUAAAAGAAAAAAUUUCCCACAGAUACUUCCUUCUAGCAAUGACCAGAUUCCCUGUAAGCUGAUGCAAUCAGCGUUUCAGAUUUUUUUUUUUUCACCCCUGGUGUUAUGCAAUCUCGCUUCCCAAUUCUAUGCUUUUCCAAAAAGGCUCCUGCUUUCUUCCAUGUGGUUUGCCUAGUAUGUCAGGGUCUUCAGAUUUGGCCUGUUAUAGGCCUUGUCUUGGCAUUCUUGGUCAAAGAAUCCUUACCCAGGUGGAAGACUCUGGGUUCUGAGAGCAGUCCGCAUUGUUAGGUAGGGCCAUGCGAUCAGAAUUGGUCAAGGAGAGCCUUGGAACCUUAGCUUGUAUGAUGAUGCAUCAGACUUUGCAAGGUGAUGGAUAAGUCUCGUGGGUUGUACUAUAACAAGUUGUUCAGAAAGUUCAGAAAUUUUGAAUUCUUUAACGCUACUGCAUGAAAAAUAUCUUUCAACUCUAUUUGGUUGUUGUUUGCCUGGUUUUUGUGAAUUUUUGAUAACCCCAUCUGACCAAAAUGAUGGUCCUAUUUCUGGGGCAUAUGUAUUAAAGGCUGCUCUUUAUGGCUGAUGUUGAUUAGAUUCUGUCAACUAUUUAAUGCAUUUAUUUUUCUUAUGUCUCUAA